AUGAUUGCUCAUCGACUCUUCAGCACACAGCAGCUGCUGUUGCUCCUCACCACUCUAACUCUUAUCAAUCGCGUGAACGCCCUCACGCAAACCUACUGCUCGAGCCAAAACACAGGCUCGGGCAAUUUACAAGAUACAUACAUCUACCAAUCAAAUGGUCAUUGCCAUGACGAGUGCGUAGACGACUAUGCAUUUGCUAUUGUCCAAGGGAAGCAGUGCUGGUGCUCCAACUAUGCACCCUCCGAUCAGCAGGACGUCAGCAACUGUGACACUACUUGUCCUGGUUAUGGCUAUGAAGACUGCGGUAACACGGACGACGACCUGUAUGGUUACAUAAAGCUGGACUUGGCCGCGUCCGGAACUCAAGGCGCGUCGUCUGCCGCGAGCACAUCCACAAAGGCUUCGACUUCGACGAGUUCCGCUCCUGCGCCGAGCUCUGUGGAAACGACCAUUCGAGUGCCCGAUACGGAAACUGUCGUCCAGACGGUAACCCAGUCGGCAUCGGUGGUUGUUUCGACAGUUUUGCCCAAGACCUCAUCCACAUCGAAGUCCGAGUCGUCCACCAGCUCUUCCGCCGCUACUACGUCGUCAAGCUCGUCGAGCUCCUCAGAGGAGUCAAGCUCCUCGUCUACUCGAACUUCCAGCCAAGUCACCCAAGUCACUGUUGUCACCGUUGGUGGAUCUGUUGUGACCCAGACCGUGACCUCCGCACCAUCUUCCGAGGAUUCAUCUUCAUCCGCAUCCGGUGGUUCACGCGUAUCUGGAGGCCAAAUCGCUGGCGCAGUUGUUGGAGGCCUCGCAGGACUCGCUCUAAUUGCGGGGGGCAUUGUCUUCUUCCUCAUGCGCAUGAGACGCAAGCAAGAUCAAGCAUCUCAUGAUGCCGAGAAUGGAUCCCCUAGUACUCCGCAAAGGAAUGUUAGCACGCUCAGCAGAACCGGGCUCCUCAGAUCUGGAGAAAAGGAUUACACUGCUACGCUGCCGCCAAUCAAUACCACCCGCCAGAGCUCUGACCCGUCGGACACGAUUACGCCUAGCUCGGAGCGGCGCAACAGUCGGCCUUUGUUCCACGAUCAGCGGUUGAACCCUCAGCCGUUCAUGAACUUGGACAAUGGCAGCCACGCCAGUAUCGUUUCAAUCGAGGACAACCGUGACUACACAAGGACGUUGAACGUCCGUAAUCCAGAUCCUCCGGAGCGCAACUCACGCGAUUCGUGGUAG